AUGCCCAAGAACGCGCAUCCGCCGCGCGGUAAGCCGGCCAAGAAGACGGUGCCGCCCGACGAGGACACAAGCUUCAUCGUGUUUGGCGAUGGCAAGGGCAAAAAGAAAAAGGGCGAGGGCUCCGGUGCGAACGCGGCCCCAAACGAGGCAAAGGGAAAAGGCAAAGGAGCUGCUGCUGCUGCACAGCCCGAAGAUGGGCCCAAGAAGCCCGAUACUCGCACUCUGAUCGCGGGCGCAUCGUGGACGGGCAAAUUGCCCGUCAACCUGCUGUCGGAGCACUUCCAGAAGCAGCAGUGGAGCAAGCCAGACUACCGCAUUCGCAAGGAUGGCGACAAGCACUUUGCCUAUGCCGUGGUGCUGUCCAAGGUGAACCCGAAGACGCGCGAGACGACGACUCUGCCGCCCAUCAAGAUUCCUCCUGAGCUGGAAGAGCAAGCACACCAGCCGACUGCUGUCGAAGCCCGCAACUUUGCUGCGGCAUACACGCUGUUCCGCGUCGCCAGUGCCAAGAACCUGCACAUGAUGCUUCCGCCGACCUACAAGGAUCUGUGGAAAGGCCAGUUUACAGAGCUGAAGAAGAGAGACGAGCAGGAGGGAAAGGGCUGGAUGUACGAGGCCGACCCGUUCUUUGGCUUUGCAGAGCGCGAAAAGGCAAAGGAAACUGCGGCCAAGGCGCGUGAGAAGAAGCUGAAGGAGCAGGCAGAGGCUCAGAAAGCGCACAAUCAGCAGCCUGGUGCGGCCAUGCCGGGCGCAUCCAAGGAUUCUGCGCCUAGCAGGAAUUUGAUGAAGGGUUGGGAGCGUGUUCCGAAGAUCGAGCUGGGAAAGAGGACAAGAAAAGAGGCAGAGCGGCUGAUCCGCCGGGAUGCGCUGUGGAACCCAAACGGCGUUGAGUUAGGCGCAGCGACAAAGAGCAGAUUGGUUGAGGAAAUCACGGAGCUUGGGUUCCGCAAGAGCCAUGUGGAAGAGGCGGCUGACAUCUGCAAAGACCGCGAGGAGGUCAUUGAGUGGCUCCUGAUUCACGUGCCAGAGGACGAUCUUCCAUCCUGGUCUCUGCCGGAGGGCUAUGUUGCUGGUGUGAGCAUGGCUAGCUCUAAUCUCAAACGUGAGGGAGCUGUAAAGCGUCUUGCAGCCGCCGGAUACUCGGUAGAUCUGUGCGAGGAGGCCUAUGACAGCCAGGGCGGCGAUGAAAGAAAGGCCGCCGCGCUACUGCAGGCUCGCCUCCUUCGACCAGACGACGACGACAAUGACAUUCUGCAAGAGUUGGCGGAUCUUUCGCUUUCCGAAGGCAUGCCAGAAGCGCCCGACGAGGACCCGUGGGAAGUGGAGAUGUCGUCACUAGAAGCGAUUUACGACCGCCUCUUUUCAAGACCUGCUCCAGAGGCAUGCCGCAUCGAGCUCGACGUCAAGCAGCAAGGAAAAAGGCUCAUUCUGCAAGUCAGGAAACCCUUUGGUCCCUACCCUGCCGUGGUGCCCAUAAUCACUUUUGAAGCCGCCAUCCCAGCGUACAUCCGUCUGAGCAUCAUCCGACAGGCACUUCUCCAUGCCGAAGCCAAUUUUAUCGGCAUGCCUAUGGUAUACGACAUUGUAGAUUGGAUUCAGACGAAUGCAGGUGAUAUCUUCCAGAAUCCAGGGAAGCUAUCAGAUGUCUCUUCUGGUCUUGCGGCGGCGGAUCACACGUCGGAACAACAAACUCAGAAGCGCAAGGCAAAGGCUAGGCCGCGCAAGCCUAUCGACUGGACACCGGCAACCCCGGCCAGCCAGAAGAUCUUGGCAGACUGGCGGGCCAAGCAGGAAUCGCCUGCUCAGCAGAAGAUGAUGGACGCUCGACGAUCGCUGCCUGCCUGGCGCUUGAGGGACGACAUUGUUCAGACUGUCAACAACUGCAAUGUGACCAUCGUCUCCGGCGAGACGGGUUCUGGAAAAUCGACCCAAUCAGUCCAGUUUGUCUUGGAUGAUUUGAUCCAGCGACAGCUUGGCGCUGUGGCAAACAUUAUUUGUACCCAACCCCGUCGAAUUUCUGCUCUCGGUCUCGCCGAUCGUGUGGCCGACGAGCGGUGCUCCCAAGUUGGCGACGAAAUUGGUUAUACCAUUCGUGGAGAGUCGAAGCAGAAACCUGGCACGACCAAGAUUACAUUCGUCACCACUGGUGUUUUGCUGAGGCGGCUGCAAACGUCGGGCGGAAACGCUGAGGAUGUCGUUGCUGCACUGGCCGAUGUCAGCCAUGUCGUAGUAGACGAAGUACACGAGCGCAGCUUGGAUACCGAUUUCCUGCUUGUCCUGCUACGUCAGAUCUUGCGGACGCGGAAGGAUCUCAAAGUCAUCCUCAUGAGUGCAACGCUCGAUGCUCAAGUCUUUGAAGCCUACUUCAACGAGGUCGGACCAGUGGGUCGUGUUGAGAUUGAAGGCCGCACCCAUCCUGUGACUGACUACUAUGUCGACGAUGUCCUGCACUUUACCGGCUUCAAGGGCUAUGGAAUGGGCGAGGACGACGACCCAGGAGACAAGUCUUUUUCUGCCAACCUUCGCAGUAUUGGGUUUGGUAUCAACUACGACCUGAUCGCUGAGACGGUACGCCACAUUGAUCGUGAGCUGGGAUCCAAGGACGGCGGUAUUCUCAUCUUCCUGCCGGGUACCAUGGAGAUAGACCGCACUCUCCAGGCGCUGAGUCAGUUUGCAAAUCUACAUGCGCUGCCGCUGCAUGCAUCACUGUUGCCAGUCGAGCAAAAGCGAGUGUUCCCUCCUGCACCCCACGGUAAACGAAAGGUAGUUGCCUGUACCAACGUUGCUGAGACGUCCAUCACCAUCGAGGAUAUCGUCGCCGUCAUCGACACUGGCAGAGUCAAGGAGACGAGCUACGACCCACAGAACAACAUGGUGCGUCUAGCUGAGACAUGGGCUUCGAGGGCCGCAUGCAAGCAACGACGUGGUCGAGCCGGACGUGUGCGGGCGGGCGACUGCUACAAGCUCUACACGCGCAAUGCCGAGGCCAAGAUGAUGGAGCGGCCUGAUCCUGAGAUUCGGCGCGUGCCGCUCGAACAGAUGUGUCUCUCAAUCAAAGCCAUGGGCGUGCAAGACGUGUCUGGGUUCCUGGCUUCAGCCUUGACGCCACCAGAGAGCACGGCAGUAGAGGGAGCAGUCCGCUUGUUAACCCAGAUGGGCGCCAUAACUGACAACGAGCUGACUGCUCUCGGUCGCCACAUGUCCAUGAUCCCAGCCGAUCUGCGUCUAGGCAAGCUUCUUGUCUACGGGGCUACAUUUGGGUGUCUCGAAGCCGCCUUGACCAUAGCCUCAGUGCUCACAGCACGCAGUCCAUUCCUAUCACCGCGCGACCGAGACGCAGAAACACGAGCCGAAUUCGACCGGCUCCGCGCCUCCUUCUCCAACAACCAAGGCGACCUUCUCGUCGACCUCCGAGCCUACGAGCAAUGGUCCGCUCUCCGCACCAAAGGCACAUCAACCCGCGACCUGCGCUUCUGGUGCCAGGAAAACCGGCUUUCCCCGCAAACCAUGUUCGACAUAGCCUCGAACCGCACACAGUACCUGUCUUCACUCAAGGAAAUCUCCUUUAUCCCGUCACACUACUCGUCGUCGAACCCAAACUCGCACGCCACAUACAACAAGCACAACGCCAACGACGCGCUUGUCCGCGCCCUCGUCGCGGGAGCCUUCAACCCGCAAAUCGCACGCAUCCAGCUUCCCGACAAGAAAUUCGCAGCAGGCAUCGCCGGCGCCGUCGAACUCGACCCGUCAGCCCGCGAAAUCAAAUACUUCAACCAUGAAAACGGACGUGUAUUCAUUCACCCUUCCUCCACGCUCUUCGCCAGCCAGACGUUCCCACAUAACGCGUCGUUCAUCGCGUAUUUUAAUAAAAUGGCUACAUCUAAGGUGUUUGUUCGUGACAUCACCCCGUUUAACGCGUACAGCUUGCUCCUGUUUGCAGGCCAUAUUCAAGUAGACACCCUGGGUCGUGGGCUUGUGGUUGACGAGUGGAUCCGGCUCAGGGGCUGGGCCCGCAUAGGUGUUUUGGUGAGUCGUCUACGGGGCAUGCUGGAUGGCGUGCUGGAGGGUAUGGUACGCGAGCCUGGCAAGGGCAUUGGGGCGCGCGAACGCGAUAUUGUGGAUGUGGUGCGGUGGUUGGUUGAGCGGGAUGGCUUGGAUGCGUAG